GUGGCGUUAUCUGUCAGUCUUUCUACUGUUCUUCAGAAUGAAUCCUCAAUAUGGUGAAGCAAGUAGAAAGCGUCGGGUAAGUCAGGCAACUGCUGCGGGAUUUGAAGCUCCGAUAUCACCUGAUUUGAGUUACAACAAUGCAUACCCUGCCUAUGAAGACGAAGGGCGAGAACCACCUCUACUUCCCCCACAACUCCACAUGGCGGUGCUAAACCACCACCAAACGAACAGAGAUGAAUCUGCAACCACCCUCCCGUCGCCAGGGCACGUGACUGUGAAUCAUCUCUACACCGAUACCUAUAGCAGAGAAGCAGCAGCAGAAGUGGUGGCGCUGUCAACUACACAGCGGUUUCACUCAAAAUACGUGACGGUCGUGCUUUACAAGCCAUCGCCGAGGCGGGGCAGUGGCUGAGAUGUUUGGUGUAAAUGCAGCAGCAGUAAAUAUACAGAAACUUGGUGAAAAGUGUUGGGUUUAUUUCUCAGAACUUGUGCUUUCUGUUGGAUCCGGUGAUGUGCAUAUACCUUUUCUUUUUUUUUUUUUUUUUGGCUUUGCUUGAAAAAAGUGAGAUUUUAUAUUUCAAGGAAAAAAAAGUAUAUUGUACGUUGUACAAUCAUAGCCAGCACA